AUGGCUGGCACGCGAAGAUGGGCAUGCCCUUUGCUGUGCGCUUGCCUUCUGGUCCUCGCUUCUCUGCUGGUUGAGCAGGCUCAGGCGGUACGAGAGCACGACUUCAAAAAGUGUCGCGACUCGUCCUUCUGUCGUAGGAUUCGAAGGCAGUCGGACUAUGUCGAGCAAUGGCAACAAGACCACAAGGAGCGCUUCGCCUCGCCGUACUCCGUCUCAAAUCACAGUGUCAACUUCGUGCAUAGCAACGCUAGCAUCAACCUGCCUCUGUCAUCUGCGUUACACCCGGAUGUCGAGUUCGAGCUCUCCCUCACCUUCUUCAAAGACGGCACCGCCCGCAUCCGAGCGGACCAGGUGGGACAGAGGUACGGUGGCUGGAGGCGCUACGAUGAAGCCUCGCAGUGGGCCAUCGAACAGCUGCCAGAGCUAGCUUCGGAUCCUUCUGACACCCGCAUCGAGACGACUAAGGACGGCUUCCAGGUCCACUUCGGACCUCAAUUGUCUCGUUCGGUCCAGUUUACCUACUCUCCGCUGAGGGUUGAAGUCCUGCGCGACGGAGAGGCCCAAGUCGUGCUCAACGACCGUGGUCUCAUGCACAUGGAGCAUUAUCGAAAGAAGCCGGAACCUUUCCCAACGGUCAAGCAAGAAGAUCAAGAGGUCCAACAACUCGUCUUCCAGCGCAACAAAAGAUCCAUCCUCAGCUCGUCAUCCGCAAGUCAGUACGCCGACUCGCUCGUUUCUCAGUGGGCUGGUUUCGAGCAGGAAGACAACGGCGAGUGGGAAGAGACCUGGGCUUCUCGUCGCGACAGUAAGCCCAAAGGUCCAGAGGCGCUGGCGUUGGACAUGACCUUCCCCGGGUACUCGCAUCUCUUUGGCCUUCCUGAGCACGCUUCCCCUCUGUCUCUGCGAUCGACGAGGGCUCCAGUCGGUCACAAUGCCGCUCAGGACGAGAAGGAUCGCUUCAAUGAGCCUUACCGACUCAUGAACACCGACGUAUUCGAGUACGACUCCAAUUCUCCGAUGAGUCUCUACGGCAGCGUCCCGGUGCUGCACGCCCAGAGCAAAGAUCGAGCGGUCAGCGUCUUCUGGCUCAAUGGCGCAGAAACUUGGAUCGAUCUGCACAAGUCCAAGUCGUCCACGUCCAAGUCUUCCGAGAUCGACUCCUAUUCGCACUUGUUCUCGGAAUCCGGCAUUCUCGACCUCUUCAUUUUCACGUCCGCUGAUGCUCAGACCAACAUGGCUCACUUCACCAAGAUGGUCGGACGCACCGUCUUGCCGCAGUACUUUGCCAUCGGCUACCACCAGUGUCGAUGGAACUAUCUCACGGACACAGAUGUCAAAGACGUCAGCCAGCGGUUCGACGACGAGGACAUCCCCAUGGACGUCAUGUGGCUCGACAUCGAAUACAGCAAGGACCACAUGUACGGUGUCUGGGACGAAAAGGCCUUCAAGGAUCCCGAAGGUAUGGUCAAAGCGCUCGACGACAAGGGUCGCAAGCUCGUCAUCAUCGUCGAUCCUCAUCUCAAGCGAACGCGAGACUAUUGGCUCUACUCGGAAGCUCAGGAUAAGAAGCUACUCGUCAAAGACUCAAACGGUCAGGGAGAGUACGAAGGCUGGUGCUGGAGUGGAAGCGCCUCCUGGCUUGACAUGUUUGAGCCUGCCAGCUGGCAAUGGUGGGCUGACCAGUUCGCUCUCGCAGGCAGCAAAUUGACUGGCAAGAUCCGCGCCAAUGCUCGCAACGUGUUCGUCUGGAACGACAUGAACGAGCCCGCUAUCUUUAACGGUCCCGAGGUCACUUCGCCCAAGGAUGUGAUUCACGCCGGCGGGUGGGAGCACCGAGACCUGCACAACAUCAACGGCAUCCUCUUCCACAACCAGACCGCACGGGCGCUGCGCGAUCGAGAACUCACGGUCCCUGCCUCAUUGGGCGGCGGCAAGCCACGUCGGCCUUUCGUGCUUUCGCGUGCCUGGUGGGUGGGAACGCAAAAGUACGGCGCCAUCUGGACGGGAGACAAUCUUGGAACGUGGGAGCAUCUCGCUGUCAGCGUGCCCAUGAUUCUGGCCAACAACAUCGGCGGCAUGAGUUUUUGUGGUGCCGAUAUCGGCGGUUUCUUUGGCAACCCAUCGCCAGACAUGCUGGUGCGUUGGUACCAGGCGGGCAUUUUCGAGCCUUUCUUCCGUGCUCACGCGCAUAUCGAUACAAAAAGACGAGAGCCGUAUCUCCUGGAGGAGCCACUACGAAGCGCUGUCAGGGAUCUGAUCAAGCUGCGAUAUCAGAUGCUCCCAAUGUGGUAUACUGCCUUCAAGGACAACGCCGUCACCGGCAUGCCCGUGUUGCGUCCUCAGUACUUGAUGUUCCCCAACGAUCCACAGGGCUUUGAGAUCGACACGCAGUACUACGUUGGCGACUCGGGCCUACUUGUGCGUCCUGCGGUAGACAAGGACGUCGAUUCUGUGCAGGUUUACCUGGCUGAGGAUCGACCGUACUACAACUACUUUACGCACGAGGUCUACCACGGCUCCGAGCGUGGACGCACCGUCACUGUGCCGGCGCCGCUGACCGAGCAGUUGCCGCUGCUUCACCGGGGCGGAUCGAUUCUGCCUUUGCGAGAGAGAGCUAGGCGCGCUGCGGAGCUGGGUCGCAAUGAUCCUUUCACUCUGAUUAUUGCUUUGGACAAGCAGGAGCGCACAGGAAAGAGCGGCACGACAAAUGUUCUCGCCGAAGGAAGCUUGUACCUCGACGACGGCCAGACAUACGACUUUGAAGAGGGUCAAUUCGUCUGGCGUCGCUUCGAGUGGACGCGGAACAGUGCAUCGGGCACGCAGACGCUGCGAAGCGUCGAUGAAGCUGGUGUCAAGCUGGCAGAUGGGGGCCUGAUUCUGGGCGACAGCAAGCAAUUGCGCCCCUACCAGGAGAAGAAUGCCUUUGCGAAGUCGAUUGAAAGCGUCCGGGUAUCCAAGCUUGUCGUGCUCGGAUUGGAACGGGAGCCAAAAGCCGUUCGUAUUCAAGGAAAGCGCAUCGGCCAGCACGAUCCGUCGUCUGCUCUCGAGUGGAGCUGGAAGAGCGGCACAAGCUCGUCCAGCAAGGGCACGCCUUUCGGACUGGGAUCCAACACGGCAUCGGAGCUGGUCAUCAAGGACCCUGCAGUUCCCGUCAUCUCCGACUGGACGAUCGAAUUCGAGUUUUGA